AUGGAGCCAUUCGUGAUCGAGUUGCCAGUCGAAUCACUGGCUGAUCUCCAUUAUUUCCAUGAGAAGCUGCAGAAACAUGCAGGCGUGAAGCAUCUGCGAAUGCGUCGGCUUCCACAGUUCAAGAGAGGUAAGGAUGCGAAAGUUCCAUAA